AUGAAGCCUGUUACAUUUCUCGUGGCUUUGACUACCGUCGCAGUCGUUCUCUCCACCGUCAGUGCUAGUCCCUACGGUGGGUGGCAGCCGAUAGAGAACAUACAUAACUAUCGCAUCCAGGAGAUUGCUAAGUUUGCGGUAAGAAUGCACAACUUGGAAAACAAUUUCAAACAUCCGUUGAGACUCGUAAGCAUUCGGAGGGGCCUUGUCCAGGUGGUGGACGGCAUGAACUAUAAGCUCGACGUGAUGGUGGCUGGAAGCAACAGUCUCGACUCCAGGGGGAGUAUGUAUAGAACGGAAGUUCACGUUACGCUUGGCACGAUGGAGCUCAUGUUUUUCACACGUAUAGUUAAAGGGAUAAAUUAA